AUGGCUACCGCUUCGCAUGGACACAUACCCGAUCUGUCUGCAACACUUAACGAAAGUCGUUCUUGCGCUCCGCUGAGUGACUUGUGGAAUCUUCCUCAAAGUAAGCUCUUCCCCGCCCAGAGCGCCCCGGUUUCGGGAACUUCGUCAGUGGCCCCGUCGGCCCCGGGCUCUGUGCCGGCAACUCCUCCUGCCACUGCCGCCUCGGCGUCUGGUCCCCAGGUUUCGAAUUACUUUGGCUCGUUGUGGGCUCCGGCUCCCCAGGCAGGUACCCCUGCGGCACCCCCGACCACAGUUGCCCCCACGGGGGCGGCCACCGCUGCCGCUUCGGGGCCCGCUGCACCUGGCGUCCCCAACGUCGGCCUGAUGGCUCCUGGCGCAGCGCCAAAAGGCAGCUUGCUAUCUCCUGCUUAUCGUGCUGGUGUCACCAGGGGAAUUUGGGGCCCCCGUGACGACGGCUUCGGCUACCGUCAGACCCCCACAGGUGCGGCUGCCCCCGCAGCUGUCGCUUCUCCCCAGCCUGCUAUCCCUGGCGGUCUAUCGACCGGACCCUCGUUGAUCCCCGGUCAGGCACCGCCUCAGCCCGGCUACGUUCAUGGCCCCGCCAACCGUAACUAUCUUGGUGGCUGGCUCGACGCUUCGUCCUCCGCCGCUGCCCACUCCCCUCCACCCGCUGGUGCUUCGUCGGCUGCUCCUACUGGCUUGGCACUAGGUGGAAUGAACCACGUGGUUCCCCCAGUUGGCGCAGUAGGCUCCUCCGUCGUUGCUCCGGUCGGAAGCCCCAUCAACGCCACAGGCCCUUCUUCCAGCGGCCUGCCAACCACCCCAUCAAGGUUCUCCACCCCCACUGGCUCUAAGCCUUUGGCGGUCGGCGUGCACACCCCUCCGCACGCCUCUGCUGGCUCUGGCCACGCUCCUGUUGGCUCGUCUGCGUCGUCGACCUCGUCAACUUCUUCCAACUCGUCUACGGGCCCCGGAAUCAGCAGACCCCCGAAAAAGUCCGGUCGUCCCAGCACCAACACUGAGCUUUAUAAAACAGAGCUAUGUGCAUCCUACAUGAGCACGGGCGGCAACUGCCCCUACGGUGAAAAAUGCCAGUUUGCCCACGGCACCCAGGAACUCAAGACCGUCGACCGCCCUCCCAAGUGGCGGUCCAAGCCUUGCCAGAACUGGGUCAAGACUGGUUCCUGCUCUUACAAUGAGCGCUGCUGCUUCCGCCAUGAUGUGCCCGUGUGUCCUCAGUGA